GCCAAAAGGUCAUAGGCAAAGUCUAAUACGUUCACCAAACCCUCUUAUAAAUUGCUUGUCCAAACGAGAGAGAGUGUGUGUGUUGAAAUUGGAGAGGAUGGAGAAGGAAAAGAGGUCAUAUGGAGCACAUGUUUUGGCCCUUCCUUAUCCAAGCCAAGGCCACAUAAACCCUAUGCUCCAUUUCUGUAAGCGCCUUGUCUCCAAAGGCCUCAAAGCCACUCUAGCCAUCACCACCUUCAUCUCCAACACAAUGGAUCCAAAAUCCGACUCGGUCCAGUUCGACACCGUAUCGGAUGGCUACGAUGAAGGCGGCUUCAUGCAAGCCGAGAGCAUCCAAGCCUAUCUCGAACGUCUAGAAGUUUCAGGCUCCCAAACCUUAGCUGAGCUCAUCAAGAGGUACCAAAGCUCAGACCAUCCCAUCGAUUGUGUCGUUUAUGACGCCUUCUCGCCUUGGGCUCUGAAAGUAACCAAACAGUUCGGCUUACCUGGAGCCACUUUCUUCACCCAACCGUGUUGCGUUAAUUACAUAUACUAUUAUGCGUAUCACGGAUUUUUGAAGCUCCCGGUCUCUUCGUUGCCGGUUUCCAUUCCUGGGAUGCCGUUGCUUGAGCUUCCGGACAUGCCAUCAUUCAUUUAUGUGCACGGCUCGUACCCGGCUUACUUUGAGCUGGUAUUGAAUCAAUUUCUUGAUGUGGAAAAAGCUGACUACGUUCUUGUUAACACAUUCUACAAGUUGGAGGAUAAGGUGGUGGACACAAUGUCAAAAGUCAGUCCGUUGAUAACAAUAGGACCCACAAUCCCAUCAUUCUACUUGGACAAGCGGGUCGAAAAUGACUAUGAAUACGGGCUCAACCUCUUCCAUUCAGACGGGUCCAACUGCACCCAUUGGCUAAGCACCAAGCCGAAGGGCUCGGUUGUUUACAUAUCAUUUGGCAGCAUGGCCAACCUAGUACAAGAGCAAAUGGAGGAAAUUGCAUGGGGCUUAAAGGGAAGCAACUACAACUUCUUGUGGGUGGUUAGGGAUUCCGAGGGAGAAAAAAUUCCUGAAAAAUUUAUAGAUGAAACAACGUCAGAGAAAGGUUUGUUCGUAAAAUGGAGUCCACAGCUGGAAGUACUAUCGAGUGAGGCGGUGGGGUGCUUCUUCUCGCAUUGUGGGUGGAACUCUGCCAUUGAAGCAUUGAGCUUGGGAGUGCCAAUGGUGGUGAUGCCGCAGUGGACGGAUCAGACGACGAAUGCCAAGUUUGUCCAGGAUGUUUGGAAGGUGGGUGUGAGAGUUAGGGUUGAUGAGAAGGGCAUUGUGGGGAGAGAAGAAAUUGAGGGUCAUGUAAGGGAAGUGAUGGAGGGAGAAAGAGGGAAGGAAAUGAAAAAGAAUGCUAUGAAAUGGAGGGAUUUGGCCAAAGAAGCAGUUAGUGAAGGUGGGACUUCUGAUUUGAAUAUCAACGAAUUUGUAUCUAAAUUGAUUAAUUCCAAAUGAUGAUGGUCACUGUAGAUCAACUAAAUUCAAUAAAAUAGACAUUGGUGUAGAUGAUAUAAUUUAUUUGAGGUGGAGUGUUCAACCAUAA